AUGGCCGAGCCCGUGAAGCACGUGGACGCAUCCGGGCACGAACACACGCACGGCCCCACGUCUGCCAAGAUCGUGGCGCUCGGCACCGUCACGGUGGGCGGCGCCACCUUCAUGAUCGACCGCGACGGGCAGAUUGAGGCGGGCAAGGAGACUGAGUUUGGCGUGGAGCGGAUCGCCGGCGCAGAGGUGGUGCCGAGCGGCGCGUGGCUGGCGAACCCGCCCGGCUCCAACGUCGAGAAGCUGUGCGACCCGGUGACGGGCGACGGCCACGAGCAGCACUGGCACUUCAACGUCACGCCCCUCUACCCCGUCAAAAAGAGCAAGUUCGUGCUGCAGGCUGGCGGGGAGGAGGCUGUGGUCGACUUUUGCCCCGGCGCCGGCCCGUGCAACGACGGCAUCAUGUCCGUCUUUCCGGGCGUCGGCUUCCUCGAGCUUAAGCUGCACGGCGAUGCGGGCGACCUCGAGCUGUGGCUGUACGCCAGCGCGGGCAAGCAGACGUCGUGGCAAGCGCGCACCGGCAAGCCCUCCCCCUUUGACAUCCCGAAGGAGACGGUCGUCAAGCUCACCUUCGCGAGCCACGAGGGGAAGACGGUCGAGCUGCGCGUGCGGAACGGCGACCAGAACGAGGACGAGGACGGCACCCCAAACAUGCGCGGCGGGCGCACCAACUACUUCAUCUUUCCGGGCGAGAGUGGGCAAGACCCGACGUGGCUGAUGGGCGAGAAGUGGCGCGGCGUCGUCUCCGUCUCCUUUGAGGCCGAUGGCAAGCCGCAGCAGAGCGACCCGUUUGUGCUCGUGCCACACGAGGCGCUCUGA